CAGACUCCCGUAUGUGCUCCUUUUUGUAAAAUCGAAUUCACAUGUAGUAGUUGCUGUAAAAAUGUACGAUUUGCUUAAUAUUUACACGUCUGAAUAAUAUUAAGAAAAACGCUUAAGACAAUGGCGAUUGGAUUCCGACAGUUGAUCAAAUUUGCUAACUUUUCAAGCUUGGUAGCUUCUAGAAGCAGUGCUUUUAAAUUUGAGAAAACCUCACAAGUUCAAAUUACACAAACAAAUCAUCAGUAUUUACCGAAGGUUGUAAAGAAGUUUAAUCAUGAAGAAGGCCUUCAAAGUUCUUCAGUAGAUAACCGAGAAAGUGAUAAUGAUUUAGUUAUAAAAGAACAUGUUUUUAUUGUAGACAACCCUGUAGUAAAAGACUUAAAUAGACUAAGGUGUUUAAAUUAUUCAGAUUUAUCAAGUAAUUCAGCCGCCACUAGCAGCCAGUUCAGUGUACCUAAUCCACAGCAGUUUAGUAGUCAGAAUCAAGAUGAGAAGUCUAACAAACCAAGUCUAGAAAAAUUGACACAUGUGUAUGAUGUAUUGGCAGAAACAUUGCCCAAAAUAUUUAUUCAAUCCUUAGAUUAUAAGAUUUACCACAAAGACAUUGUAUUCGAGGAUAAUAUUAGAAAUAUCAGAACAGUAGGUUUAUACAGCUAUGUAAAACAAGUAGCACUGCUAAGAACUAUAGGGCAUUUAAAGUUUGCUUAUGUCAAAUUCGAAAUAUUAAAAAUCACAAAACACCCAGAGGAUUCUUCAAUUAAGGUUAGGUGGCAGAUCAGGGGCAUUUCAGCAUUGAGAGUUAUGCUAACAUUUUGGAAAAUCAAGCUGUGGAAUUUCAAAGAGAUAUUUGAAAGGACUGAAAGUUGGUAUGAUGGUUUCUCAACAUUCUAUGUGAAUUCUGAAGGGCAAGUUAUCAAACAUGUAGCUGAAAAGAUGAUGCCAGAUUCGGAUCACGUGCCAGUUUCCAGUUCAAAGCCGAUAGUCGGCGCAAGCGCAGCGGCUAAGUUGGCGCUAGUAGUAGGCAUAAUUCCGAAAUGUUCGUUUUUCAACUCUCUGCUGUAAAUUCGCGACUGGGCCCUAAUAUCGGGAUCCUACAGCGCAGAUUGAGUCAAGGAACAAAGUAUUCGGACGUUUCCACAUCAAUUUUGGUUUGAUUCGCCAUCAUUUUUCACAAAUAACUGUUUCAUUGUGAUUGUUAUGUAGACAUCGACGUAAAGAAACGUCUGCUUUUGUUAUAAACGAUUGAAAAAAUGUUUAUUAGAUCAUUUGUUUUUAUGUGGUUAAAAUAUAUUGACAAUUUAA